UCCAUUCCUGAUUUGGGAUUAAUAGCCACAAAGAGAGAGAGAAAGAAGGCAUGAGAAAAUGAAUGAUCUCCAUCAUCAUUCCUUCCCCAUGUGAUGUGCCACCUCUUCUAUACUGCCCCCUCUUCCAAUCUCCCAUACCUUAACUCUCUCUCCCUCUUUCUAGGGAUAGGGUUUUCAAAAAUUGAAACAAUCCUCAAGCUCAUACCUUUCUCUUUGUAAUCACAUAAUCCCUUCACCCUUUUCAUUUUGAUCCAAAAGGGGUUCCUGGGGUUCGUCUCUCUUUGACAGUUCCAAGCUCUCCUCUCCAGGCUACUAGAGAGAGAAAGUUGGUUUCUAGAGAGAGAAAGUGAUGGGAACGUAGGUUGGAGCUUUUUUGUUUUUUGGUUCUCGGCAACCGAGCAAUGUUGGAAAUGGAGAAGGAUUUUGAUUCCAAGCUGAAGAUUCAGGGGAAUUCUUCCUCUUCCAAUGGUGGUGGGAAUGUCCAGAGAUCAAAGAGCUUUGCUUUUAGAGCUCCACAGGAGAAUUACACCAUUCAGGACUUUGAAUUGGGCAAGAUCUAUGGUGUUGGCUCUUAUUCUAAGGUUGUGAGGGCAAAGAAGAAGGACACAGGAACUGUGUAUGCAUUGAAGAUCAUGGACAAAAAAUUUAUUACUAAAGAGAACAAAACAGCUUAUGUGAAGUUGGAACGCAUAGUGCUUGAUCAAUUGGACCAUCCUGGCAUUGUGCGGCUAUAUUUCACAUUUCAAGACACAUUUUCUCUGUACAUGGCACUUGAAUCCUGUGAAGGUGGAGAACUUUUUGAUCAAAUAACCAGGAAAGCUCGUCUAACCGAGGACGAGGCACGAUUCUAUGCGGCUGAAGUUGUGGAUGCUUUAGAAUACAUUCAUAAUUUGGGAGUGAUACAUCGUGAUAUUAAGCCAGAGAACUUAUUACUUACGGCUGAAGGACAUAUUAAAAUAGCUGAUUUUGGGAGUGUGAAGCCUAUGCAGGAUAGCCAAAUUACUGUCCUUCCAAAUGCUGCAUCAGAUGACAAAGCAUGCACGUUUGUCGGAACUGCUGCUUAUGUCCCUCCAGAGGUUCUUAAUUCCUCUCCAGCAACUUUUGGAAAUGAUCUCUGGGCUCUUGGCUGCACGUUAUACCAAAUGCUUUCUGGAACUUCCCCUUUUAAAGAUGCAAGUGAAUGGCUUAUUUUCCAAAGAAUUAUAGCAAGAGAAAUUCGAUUUCCAGACUACUUUUCUGAGGAAGCAAGAGACCUAAUUGACCGGCUAUUGGAUUUGGACCCUAGCAGGAGACCAGGUGCAGGACCUGAUGGUUACGCUGCUUUGAAAAGGCAUCUGUUUUUCAAGGGAGUUGAUUGGGAUCACUUAAGGGCACAAAUUCCUCCAAAACUUGCUCUGGAGCCUGGGACUCAGUCGCCUGCGGCUGAUGAUGUUCAUGAGUCAUCAUGGAGUCCUUCUCACACUGGGGAUGGUUCUGCAGCUUCUGCUAGACAACCUGAUGGUGCUACAUCAUCUUCCGAAGGAACUGGUCACAUAACCAGGCUAGCUUCGAUUGAUUCAUUCGAUUCAAAAUGGCAACAAUUUUUGGAUCCUGGGGAAUCUGUUCUUAUGAUUUCUAUGGUGAAGAAAUUACAAAAACUAACAAGCAAGAAGGUGCAGCUCAUCCUUACCAACAAACCAAAGUUGAUCUAUGUGGACCCUUCAAAGCUAAUUGUGAAGGGAAAUAUAAUAUGGUCUGACAAUCCAAAUGAUUUAAGCAUCCAAGUGGCUAGUCCAUCACAUUUCAAGAUUUGCACACCUAAAAAGGUAAUGUCGUUUGAGGAUGCAAAGCAAAGAGCAUGGCAGUGGAAAAAGGCUAUUGAAGGACUUCAAAACCGGUGAAUUCAUUCUGGUUUUGAGAACAUAUUCUUUUAGAUAUCUUCAUAUUGUUCAGCGAGAAGGGAUAAAACACUUAACUGCCCAACAAUCAGAUUAUUCAUUAAAAGAAUGAAUUAGUAGAUUUAGCUUUGCUGAACCUGGUUCAAGCUAAUUCCUCACCACAGCUUAAUUUUGUGAUUAGUUUUCCAUCCUCUUUCAUGCUUCGAUGGGAUGAUAAAAAUGUGGAAGUUCUAAUUGUAGCUAUGUUGGGGGUUGGAACCAAUACUUUGUAAGAAAAUUUUCCGUUUAUUUUUUUAUAAUAUAUAUUAUAUAUUAUGAGUUGGAAGAUGUUAACAUUUUGGUCAUCACAAUGUAUGAAUCAUUGAAUUGCUCUAUUUAUUGUUUAUUCUUCAGCCUAUGGUCAGACGGCGAAGCCAUCCUGAACUUUCAAAAGGGAUGAUUUGGCCCUUGGCAAUCUGUAAAUAAUAUAUUAUAGGUGUAACCUGGCAAUUCCAUGUAUUUUAGGCGUUUAAUAGAAAUGUCUAUUGCUUCUUCACAUGUAAGUCAGACUGCACU